AGCCAGAUGGGUCAUAUAUUGGUUAGUUAGUUAGGCAUAUAUGGGAAGUAACGUUUAUAUGGCAGUGCCAGCGGGAGAGUAGUGGGGUUCACUUGACAAUCCUUUCUUGUUAAGUGUCAGCAAAGAGAAAGAGAAAGAAGGAGAAGAAUCGCAGAGAUGAUGCAAGACCAACAACCAUCAGCCCCGCAGAUGGUGAUGGCGGAGAGACUGAACCCCGCUGUACAACAGCAGCUCAAUUUGGAGUCUGUAAAAACUAGAGCUAUCAGCCUUUUCAAAGCCAUCUCUCGCAUCCUCGAAGAAUUCGAUGCCUAUGCUCGCUCCAAUGCUAACCCUAAAUGGCAAGAUAUUCUCGGGCAAUAUUCUAUGGUGAACCUGGAGCUUUUCAACAUCGUGGAUGAGAUUAAGAAGGUUUCCAAGGCUUUUGUAGUCCAUCCCAAGAAUGUAAAUGCCGAAAAUGCUACAAUUUUGCCAGUUAUGCUAUCCUCAAAACUACUGCUGGAGAUGGAAAUAGAUGACAAUUCUAAGAGAGAGCAAUUGCUUCAGGGGUUGCAAAAUUUGCCUGUAUCCUCACAAAUUGAGAAGUUAAAGACUAGAAUUGAUAUGAUUGCAGCAGCUUGUGAAAGUGCUGAAAAAGUAUUAGCUGAUACUCGUAAAGCUUAUCAAAUUGGUACCCGACAAGGACCGACAAUUAUUCCAACUUUAGACAAGACUCAGGCUGCAAAAAUUCAAGAACAAGAGAACUUACUCCGUGCUGCUGUUAAUUUUGGUGAAGGACUUGGAAUGGCUGCAGACCAGAGGCAGAUUACUUCAGCACUACCAAUGCAUCUGGCAGAUGUGCUGACUGUGGGUGAUGGAGUGCAUAAUUUUUCUGAUUCUGCUGGGAUGUACAUGAAAAGUACUCCGCCUUUGUCAUCAAAUAGCAUCAAUAAUCAGGGGCCUUUGCUACAGGCUUCAGGAUCGGCCCUUAUGGGAAGAUCAGCUGCAUCUCCUUCCGCUGGUACAAAUACUACUUCCUUUGACAACACUACCACUUCACCGCUACCAUAUGCCAAUUCACCAAGGUCUGGUACAAACAUGAUGAACACCCCUUCUCCUCAACAACAAACCCAACAGCAGCAGCAGCAGCAGCAAAGGCAAAAGAUAAUGCAAUUACCUCAGCAUCAACAGCAGCUCCUUGCUCAGCAGCUCAGACAAUCUUCAAUGCAGGGAUUGGGGCAGAACCAGCUGCCACAGCUGCAUGAUUUGCAGGGACAAGGUCAGCAGAAGUUUCAGCCGUUACAUGGACAACAUCAGAUGCAAUUUUCUCAAUCACUAGGGCACCAGCAAUUUCAGGGUAGGCAACUGCCCUCUGGACAUGUUCAGCAUGGCAUGGGUCAAAGCCCACUUAAUCAAGGAAAUCCUUUAAAUCGCCAUUUAAGUCAGUUUUCCGGGACUGCAAAUAGUGCACUGUUUAAUGCUGCGCAGGGGUCACCAAAUACCCAGAUGAUUCCAAACAUGUCUGCUACAAUGUCGUCUCAGCCACUUGUACCACGGAUGCAGUUUGGACUAACUGGUAGCAAUGCCCAGAGGAGUCAUGCAUCUCAAAUUCUGAAUGAUCAGAUGUUUAAUAUGGGAGUGUCCAACCCUGGUAGUAUGAUGCCCAUACAGCCGCAGCAGUCGCAGCAGCAGCAGCAGCAGCAACAGCUUGGUUCUCAAGGUGCAUUUGGCAAUAUGCCACCGAAUGCUCAGAAUUUGCAAUCUAGUAUGGUAGCUCUUCAGAAUGCAUCACAAAAUCACCCCAAUUUCGUACAACAGAGACAGCAAAAUCAGCAGUGAACUCCCGCAUAUCUGUUUGUUGUUUUCUUUACAUUUUUUUUUUUUUGUUUCCCCCAUAAAAUGGUUACAGGAUGCUAGUGAGUAUGAAUUAUUACUUGUAUCCGAUUGGAAUUAAGAUUUAGCUUCGAUAAACAGGGUUCAUAUAAGUCGUUGUGGGAAAUGAAGGACGCAUUGGAUUAAUAAUC